AUGAGUUCUAUGGGAAACUGGUUGGGAUUCUCUCUCUCUCCUCACCAUAAUAGCUUGAUAAACUCCGAUGAAAUCUCCGGCGGCGGCGGCAAUGGCGGCGACUGUUUUGAUCUCCCCACUUCACAUGACUCAUCCACUCUCCCUCCUCCUUAUGGUUUUCUUCAAGCUUUCAAUACCAAUAAUAAUCACUCUCAAGAUUGGAGCAUGAAAGACAUGGGAUCAAAUCCAGAAGACAUGCCAAUGACGAUGAACAAUAAUAAUAACAUUAAUAACAAUGGAAACUCAUCAUCUGAAUUAGGUCAUCAUCAUCACCAUCAUCAUCAAGAGCCAAAGCUUGAAAACUUCUUUGGAGCUCAUAACUACAAUAACAUCACAACCAGCUCCCUUCAACCUGAACCAACCGACAGUACCUCCUCCGGUUCUCUCCGGGAGAACAGCACAAUAGGUCUUUCAAUGAUCAAGAACUGGCUGAGAAACCAGCCGGCGCCUGAUAACACAACUAACGGUGGCGGCAAUUCUUUGUCUUUAUCUAUGAGCAGUGGGGCCCAUCCAGGAUCUACUGUUUCCUUGCCGGCGGCGAUCGACGGUGGAGAUAAUUGUAGCAAUUUGUCGGAUGAGAACGCAAAAGUAGCUGCUGGGGCAACAAAUCUUGAUAGUCAAAUUAAUAAUGGUGCUAAUAGGAAAUCUAUUGAUACAUUUGGUCAGAGAACUUCCAUUUAUCGUGGUGUGACUAGACAUAGAUGGACAGGUCGCUAUGAAGCACAUUUGUGGGACAAUAGUUGUAGAAGAGAAGGGCAAACCCGUAAAGGAAGACAAGGGGGCUAUGACAAAGAAGACAAAGCAGCUAGGGCAUAUGAUCUUGCAGCAUUGAAGUACUGGGGAAGCACUACCACUACAAAUUUUCCGAUAAGCAAUUACGAAAAAGAAUUGGAAGAAAUGAAGAACAUGACUAGGCAAGAAUACGUCGCCUCCCUUCGAAGGAAGAGCAGUGGAUUCUCUCGUGGUGCUUCAAUCUAUCGAGGAGUUACAAGGCAUCAUCAGCAUGGAAGAUGGCAAGCAAGAAUAGGAAGAGUGGCUGGGAACAAGGAUCUAUAUUUGGGAACUUUCAGUACACAAGAGGAAGCUGCAGAAGCUUACGACAUAGCAGCAAUAAAAUUUAGAGGAUUAAACGCGGUGACAAACUUUGACAUGAGUAGAUAUGACGUUAAAAGCAUACUUGAGAGUAGCACUUUGCCGGUAGGUGGAGCUGCCAAACGUAACAAAGACGCCGAGCAAACAGAAACAAUCACGGCUGUGGAUUCACAUCAAAGACCUAGUGGUAACAUCGGAAACAUGAAUGAUGGUUCGAUGAUGGUUAACUACGGAGCCCACCAAAGCUGGCCUACGAUCGCGUACCAUCAGCCAUUGGCUCAAUCUUAUGGUAUGCAUAACUAUCCUAAUUAUCAACAAAGGGGGGCAUGGACAUGUAAGCAAGAACAAGACCUAAGUAAUUAUCAACUUCAACUUGGAAAUACAAACACCCACAAUUUCUUUCAAAAUUCUAUUAUGCAACACAAUCUUAUAAUGGGCUUGGAUCAUUCCUCAUCAUUGGAGCAACAAAGUUCCGGUUCUAAUUCUUCCAUAUAUGGAAUCGGAAAUGGUGGGGAUGUAAAUGGAGCAUUCGCGAUGCCUAUCACUACGGUUAUUGCCCAAGACAAUGGGAAUGGUAACGAGUAUGGGGCGAGUGAUCAUCAUGAAGUCAAGACAAAUGGUUACGAGGGCAUGUUCGGAUUGUCCGAUCCUUAUAAUAACCAUUCUAGGAACAUGUAUAGCACAAUGAAGUCGGAUGGGUAUGAAAAUGAACAAGGCUCGUCUAAUUGCAAUACUUGGAAUAAUAUUCCAACAGCUGUCCCCGCGACACUUUCUGCCCCGAUACGAAGCAUCUAUCAUGGGGCUCCGCCUUUCACUUUGUGGAACGAUGCUUAGAUCUAUAUGAUCAAGACGAAGGAAAUGGAAAGGAUCAUGUAUACAUGAAUUGUUUCCUUGCUUUUAUUAUAAUUCAUGCUUCAAGUCUUUGUUUAUUAUGCUUUUGGAUUGUGGUGGUGUAUGGAAGAUGGGAAAAUAG